AUGGAUUCUGAUGCUGGUUCCACCUGCAGCCGCUCCUCAUCCCCAGACCUGGUUGUGGAUGACUCAGCUGGGAACUUCUUCUCAAACAAGAUGUUUCAGACAUAUUGCCAAGAAAACCGAUCAAACAGAGAGGCUGACCAGAGUGGGGGCGGUAAGGCCAAAACUAGAUCUCAACUCAGCAAGGAAGAGGUGCAAGAUCUGAGACUGAAAGUAAACAGUCGGGAGAGGAAGAGGAUGCAUGAUUUAAAUCAGGCCAUGGAUGGCUUAAGAGAGGUCAUGCCCUAUGCUCAUGGCCCGUCCGUCCGCAAGUUGUCAAAAAUCUCCACUUUGCUACUUGCACGAAACUACAUUCUCAUGCUUUCCAGCUCUUUGGAAGAGAUGAAAAAGCUAGUGGGUGAUGUGUAUGGAGCCAAUGCUGCAGUCCAGAGUCGCACUGGCCACCCAACGAUCACCCCUGCUGCAUCACCUGCACACCUCCCCCUGCACCCUCUGGCCCAGUCCCUACAUUCUCUGGUCGGCACCACGCAGCAUCAUUCAUCUACUCCAGCUACAACAGCAGUUCCAGCUGCACACUCGCCUCCGUCGACCAGCUUUCUUGGGUUCCACGCUCCGGUCCAGGGCCUUCUGAAGGACCCACUUCACCUGACCAGCUCAUACAGGCAUUUUCCUGGCAUGCCCUGUCCCUGCUCACUCUGCCAAACUUUACCCACACCAACUUCUUCAUUGCACAGCUUGGCAAUGAACAAAUAACUGUGAAACUGACAGUACUACUGUUAGUAUGAGGAUGAGCGAUCAAUUAAGACGAUGUCCAAACUUUAGACCACAUGACUGUUGCCACAUUUUGUACAUAUUGUACAUACAAUUUCUGCCACGCAAACUGCUGCUAUUUUUUUUUUUUUUUGCUAGUCUCUUCUGUAUUGCUUUAAGAGAACUAUUCUAAAUGCACAAGAGACUUUAUUAUAGUAGCAAAUACUGUAAUUUAUCUGAUGAAGA